AUGAAGACUUCAGCCGCGGUCGCCGCUCCUGUCUCCAACCCUCUCUCCGAUCCUCAAGAGCGGGAGAGACUGGCGGAAGAGUAUGGCUUCCGACAAAUCGGCGAGCCGUUACCUGAUGACAUCACGCUGAAGCAAGUCAUCGAUACAAUUCCGGCCGAGGCCUUCGAGAUCAACGAGUGGAAGGCAUGGAAGACCGUAGUCCUAACAAUCGCUGCGAUGGCGCUGGGAGAGGUGUUCAUCUACAACUCACCGUGGUACCUUCUGCCUUUCGCAUGGGCCUGGGCUGGCACUGCAUUCACCGGGUUCUUCGUGGUGGGGCAUGACUGCGCGCACAAGGCCUUCUCGAAGAACAAGCUGGUGGAGGACAUUGUGGGGACCGUCAUGAUGGCGCCGCUCAUCUACCCGUACGAGCCCUGGAGAUUCAAGCACGACCGCCACCACGCCAAGACCAACAUGCUGGUUGAGGAUACGGCGUGGCAUCCUAUGAUCCCUGGCAUGUACAAGCGGAUGAGCCCCACUGGCCGCGUGCUCAUGCAGACCUUCAUGGGCCCCCUCCGAUUCCUCGCCUCCAUCGGUCACUGGCUGGUGUACCACUUCGACCUUGAGAAGUUCCGGCCGAGCGAGGUGCCACGUGUCAAGGUGUCGCUCGCUGCUGUCGGUGCCUUUGCACUGAUUGGCUUCCCUCUUACCAUUGCCAACUUCGGCAUCGACGGCUGGUUCAAGCUCUGGCUCAUGCCGUGGCUCGGCUUCCACUUCUGGAUGAGCACCUUCACCAUGGUGCACCACACGGCUCCUCACAUCCCCUUCAAGAAGCAAUCCGAGUGGAACGCUGCUCAGGCUCAACUCGGUGGCACUGUGCACUGCGACUACCCGUCCUGGAUUGAGAUUCUGUGCCACGACAUCAACGUGCACAUCCCUCACCACGUGUCCCAGAAGAUCCCCUCCUACAACCUGCGGCUGGCUAAUGAUGCGCUGAGGAAGCACUGGGGCAAGUACAUGAACGAGGCAUCUUGGAACUGGAGGCUGAUGAAGAACAUCUUCGUGGAGUGCCAUGUAUUCGACAGGGAGAAGAACUACAUCCCCUUUGAUGCUCUUGAGAAAAGCGAGUCUCCAAUUCUCGGCGUUACCAGGAAAAUCAUGCCCAACACCUACACCAAGGGGCAGUAA